UGUGAAAUGAAAAAUUGCAAUAAAUGCAUAUUUUUUGAAGCAAAGAAGAAGCAGGAUCUUUAUAUAUGGCUUUCAAAUGUACCCCAUGGACCAUCUGCAAAAUUUUUAGUACAAAACAUUCACACACUGGCGGAACUGAAGAUGACUGGGAAUUGUUUGCGGGGCUCCCGACCGCUUCUAUCUUUUGACUCAGCUUUUGAUCAGGAGCCACAUUACGCUUUGCUGAAAGAGCUGUUUAUUCAGAUGUUUAGUACUCCACAGUAUCAUCCCAAAAGCCAGCCGUUUGUAGAUCAUGUCUUUACAUUUUCCAUAACAGACAACAGGAUUUGGUUUCGGAACUACCAGAUUAUAGAAGAAGAUACAGCCCUUGUAGAAAUUGGGCCUCGCUUUGUCUUAAACCCUAUUAAGAUCUUCCAGGGCAGCUUUGGAGGACCAACCCUGUAUGAAAAUCCUCAUUACCAGUCUCCAAAUAUGCACCGGCGGGCAAUAAGAUUGGCUACAGCUGCAAAAUUCAGAGAGAAGCAACAAAUGAAAGAGCUACAGAAGCUAAAUAAAAAGGAAGAGAAGGUACUUAUUCCUGAAGAUCCAACAGAACACGUUUUUGAAAUUCCAGGUGAAGAAAAGCCAGUAACAAUAGAACUAGUGAAGCCAGAGCCAAAAAUUAGCUUGAAAAAGAAGAAGAAACUUCACCAGCGAGCAAGGAAGUUGAAGAAGAAACUUGGUGGAAUUGGAGCAUAGAAUAAGAAUGGUGGGGGAAUUAUUAAUUGGGACUUUAUAAUGUGGACAUUUAAUCAUUUUUAUUACACUUUUUUUGGUAAUUUGUCUAUCAUUGUAAAAACUGCUCCAGCUAAAGGCUGGUCUUGUAAUAUCUUGUGAAGUAACAUUUCCUGGCAGUGCUUUUUAUUAAAUGUGUUAACAUGG